UGCCCAGACGUUAGUUGAAGUAACAUGAAAUUUCUUGCUGCAUUCAUCAUUGCAACUGUUUCAACCUUUGCGUUGUUGCACAUUGCCAAUGCCCAUCCCGUGGCAGAGCCGGAGCCAAACCCGAACCCGAACCCAAGCCCCAAUGCGGAGCCAGCUCCUGUAGCAUCUGCUGAGCCAAUAGCUGAGCCCUCUCCAAAAGCUGAGGCCGCUCCAAUAGCUGAGCCCGCUCCAAUUGCUGAGCCCGCUCCAAUAGCAGAGCCCGCUCCUUUGGCCUUGGCAGAACCAAACGCAGAGCCCGCUCCUGUUGCAUUAGCUGAGCCCGCUCCUUCAGCAGAUCCUGUAGCUCCUUGGCCUAUAGGACCAAACCCAAGUGCUGAUCCGCAAUCAGCAUGAGCCCGCAACUCUGCUCUGAGAGUUGGAUUCAUAUGCGUGUGUGUAUGUGUAGUUCAUAGACCAGAUGGCAAGCGCAGUUAAUAAAUUGCUUAAAAAAAA